GAAUUUUGUCCAGUUGGUUUGAGAGAGGUUUCUGCUUGUCGUUGAACAUAAACUCUGCGCAUCAAAAUUGUUCUUGGCCGUUUUGUUCUCUCUGCCGCUACCAUUGUUUUUUUUUCUUUUCUUUCUUUCUCUGUCUAGCCGCUCAUUCUUGGAUGCUCCCCCACAAUUUGCGACUGUUGAAUACCAUUGAAUCAGAUCAUCUGCAUCCGCUUUUAGGGCGGGGAGGUGACGUACAAAUCGAUCGACCAACAUCGCCGGUUGCCUUAGGUAGAAAAGGAAAGACAAAAAGAAAAACAACAAAAGGAAAAGAUAGAAAAGAGGUCAAAGCACAGGCAUCAGCAACCGCGCCGACUUGUUUUGCUACUCCCUGAUAGACCGACCUUCGGCAAGCCACUGGUGUUCAUCGACCGCAGAGCCCCGGCGCCUUUUCACCUUGGCCUCACAAACCGUCGCAGUGGCGCAUAACGCUCCCACUAGGUUUAGGGUCGCAAGGACCUUCAGCGGUACCGCGGGACACUCAUCCAGCCAUUCAGUUGAGGAUUUUGGUGGCCAGGUGCGGAAGCUAGCCGUGCGCGCUCGAGCUGCCUCUGCCUAACGCGAUACAAGAGAAUAGCAGCACCAGGAUCUAGCGCAGCUCUUCACACUUGCUUUCCUCAAGGAGCUGUGAAUGCGGAGGCUUUGUUCAACUCAACCUGACUUCGAUCGGAGUACAAGCUCUACAUCAACAUCACUUUGCCAUCAGUUGUUCCAGGAUCCAGAGUCCCUCACAUGCCCGCCUGUAACCGCGCUGCGCCCCUACAGUCCACCAGUAGACUGACCCGAUCGCUGUUACAAUGACAUUGCAUCCCAUAUCAACUUGUUUCCCUCCCAUGGGAGGAUCGGCCCGGUGUGCGACACCUCAUACGCCUGAGCCGAUGGAUCAAGGGAUCGACCAUGAGGCGAGGACUCCCUCUGCCCCGAGGCCGCGUCUGAGGCUCAAGAGGAGGAUGGUCCCGCAGACAUUUAGCGCCCCGACCCAGGACUUCCUCGCCUCUGUCAACGCGGCCGAUACCCCGAUACCCAGCAUAGAGGAACCUGAUAUCGUUCCGAACGAUGUGGAAAUAUCCGACAGUAUUGAGAUGAUGGCCGGCCUGGAUCAUCCAUAUGUUCAGGAUCGCAACUUGCUGACCAUCUCGUGCUACGACGAUUUCUCGCUACCCAAGACCCCUGCUCCCGAAGAUAUCCCAUCGCUUUCGCCACGGAGAUACCCAGAUUGGUCAGCCGGCUCAUCUUUCGGCAGCUCAACGGAAGACGACGAUGACGACAAUUCAAGCACCGAACCGGAUUACGAAUCCAGCAGGCCAUCGACAUCCCGCUCGACCUAUACCAACACGUCUAUAUUCAGCCGCAUGUCUCACUUUUCCGACGACCAAUGCAUGAGCCCAGAAGGGGAUUUGCCAAAGGAUGUCCGCCAUGAGAAUGAAUUUCUGCCGCUUGCUCAGAAUGCAGUUGGCAAUGGCCAGACAGUACGCUCGAAACGUCACAGAGCUCCAUGGACCAAGGAGAUGGACGCCCAUUUGUGGACUACGUUUACCACUUAUCUACAGGACCCGAGAGUCACUCCAUUCAGGACAGGAAGGAGUUGUGUGCCACCGCAUGGUGUGUGCACUCGCGUUGCUCGUGAGGCAAAACGGAGCUGGAGGGGCUCCAAGGCCACCAAGAAGGUAGAUGAUUCAACUGCUGCUGCUGCUUCAAGGCUUCAAAGUGGAAGUCUCACCCCGACCGCAGAUCACACCGCAGCGUAUAUCGAAUGGCCGCAUACUUGUGCCGCUACGAGGACUCACCUAAGAGACCUAUGCAAGCUCCAACUAGCUGCUCCCGCCCACCCGAACUUCAGGUAUUUGUCAAGAAGCCCAACACCACUUACACACACGGCUGCUCGACACUGGAACAGGCGCUCUACACCAGCCCGCUCAUCCUUCGCAACAAAGGAUAUGGGCAUGUCAUUAGCCGUCAGCACAUCUGAGAUAAUGCAGCCGUAUGGGCCACUCGCUCAGCUCACAAGUUCUGUAGAGGCUCCAGAACCAACACCAACAGAGCCAGAUCCUACUGUUCUCGCCAAUCUUGGUCAAGAUUCGAAAUCGCUUCGGUCAAUGUAUCCCGGUAUCUCGGAACCGCCUCGAGGCAGGUUGGGGUCUCCAUUCGCCCCAAAGAGUUAUGGCCCAAGCUCUUCCUUCGUCUUGUUGUCGGAGGCCAUGGGUGCAGAGAACUCUAAUCAACCACACACCGUGGGGCCACGACGGACUUUACAAUCUCCACCGCGUAUGAGCCGCACCAGCGUGGCGCGGAGAAGGACCAUAAUUGGCAACAAGCCACCACGUGACCUUCGCCACUCCCGGAAACGUGGGAGCUUGGGUAACGAUUUUUGGACCGAGCCAAGUCGUUCAAACGGCGCUAGCGAUGCUCAGGAUAAUGUUUUACCGACGGGCCGUGUCCGUGGAAAGAGUUUCCUGGAGGCGGCGUUGGCCCAGUUUCGGCCUACUGGGACUGCCGUUGCAGAGUAUAGUUCCACGAAAUCAAGCAACAGGGAUGAGCUAUUUAUACCACGCUACACAGGGUCGCUAGGCUCUUCUUCCCUGCGCACGAAGAGCGAACAGCAAUCAGUACGACUCCCCGCAUCGACAACUGCGCCGGAACUUUCGCGCAUAGCGACGAAUGAAGCUCCUCCACGAUUGGGUUCGCCGUUUCCCCUAACAUCAAACGCAACGUCGCUAAGUUUCCCAAAUCGACUCUUCGCCGCCAGCAGUGCAAACGAUACCACCCACAGGGUUCGUGAUCGGCUGUUCAAAACCGUCCAGCAGCCAUCAUCCCAGGCCGUACAGGCUGCAAGGGAACCGCCAACUGAAUCGUACGGCAGGUUGACAGGUUCUACAGGGGCCACCCCCGAGCGCAGCGGGGCAGACAGGCUCUCGCAGAGACUAGCCUACGUCGAUGACCGUCUGAAGGGGCUCCGUAGCCGCAAUGCCAACGAGGGGCACGAAGAUACGACGCCUUUUCAGUGACGACCCGAGCUUGUAAAUCAAGCCACACUCUACACUUCGUUUUAUUUGUUCAUCAUCUUCUACCAUUCUUUCUUACAUUUCACAAACUCUUUGUAAUGCUUGUUAUGUUAUUCAUGAAGCACUUAUGAUAUUUGUUUUCUUUUACCACUACAUAUUACUGUUUACCGGCCGCAUAUGAGGCUGUGCGAUGUGAUUCUGGUUGUUGGACAUGAGAGAUACCCCGCCAAGGUGAUCCCUUCAUACGCAGAGGUGGAAGAUAGGAGGGAACUUGGUCUGUUGGCGUUUUUGUUCGCUUCUUUUUGAUUCUCGUUAUUUAUUUUUGUGCUGGUUUUGUGAGCUUGUUCCGUCAGGGAAGGGCUUACUUUGAUGUUGCAAGAUUUUAACUUUUCCAAGUGAAGAUCUCCUCUCUUUGUUUCACUUUGCACAACGCAUGGUAUUGAGCGAGGCAAGCUUGGAAUCCCCACGAGGGUCAGGCAUUAGGGGACAGGUUUACAUUCUCUUUUUUUUUUUUUCUCUCUUUUACUUUAUUCCGCAUUUGCGCGGCCCGACGGACAGCGGCGGCCAACGAGUUUCCGGGAGUGUAUUCUGGAUCCUGCUGGUCUGCCCAGUUUUGUUGAUGGGAAAGCAAUGCACGGUACGAUAUGACGACAGAUAAUGACUAUUUCAUGCGUAAAUUUGUUACGCUCGAGUUCCAGCAGCCAAGUCGUUGCUAUUAUUUUGUGUCCUUGUCUCGUUAUCUACUUGCUGCAUGCAUAAUCUGCCUUGCUUCAGAC